CCCAAACCCCGUCCCUUGCAGCCUCGCCCAGGCUCCUCCCCUCUCGGUCCCUCUCAGUCUCGCCCAGACCCCUCUCCUCGCAGCCCCGCCCAGGCCCCGCCCCUCGCAGCCACGCCCAGACCCCCAAUCGCAUCUUCUCCCAGGCCUCGCCCCACCCAGGCCCCCGCUCUCAGACCCGCCGCUCUCAGCCCCGCCUAAACCUUAUCUCCCUCAGCCCCGCCCAGACCCCCCUCCCCUCGCAGCCCCGCCCAGACCCCGCCCCUCGCAGCCCCGCCCCGGCCCUUCUCCCCUCAUCACGCUCCUUCCAAACCACUAAUGCCCACGCACGCACCCACCCAAACAGAGCGUUUUUUGGUCCCCGAGCUCCUCCCGACCCCACCCGCUCCUACGGCCUCCAACCGCCCCCCACACCAGGCCCCGACCCCCCCGCAGGCCUCGACCCUCCCCCCCAGCCGCUCUAGCCCCGCCCGGCCGCUCUAGCCUCCGCUCCUCUCGCUGGUGGAGGUUCCCGACCGCGCUCGCUCCCGCAACUGGAGGCACGGCAGAGGAGGCAGGGCCGACGGCGGUGGGCGGUGCGUUGCGCAGGCUCGGGCCUCCCGCUCGCCGCUGCGUUGGGACCGCGCAGCCCGGUGUGUGCAGUGGCCUCAGGGAUCCGGGAAGUCUAAGACUGAACCUCUCCUAACAUCCAGUAAUGGGGACCUGGAACCUGGGCGUACUAGAGUGCCGCGCGUAGGGCUCCAGGUCGCUGGUUUCUGCGCUUUCUUCCUCUCCAAAGUUGAGUAUCUCGUAUCUGUGUCCUCAUACUUACUACCGCCUGAGGUGCCAUGGCCCCCAAGCCGGAGGCCGAGUGGAGCGCAGCCCUGUCCCAUCUGGUGCUGGGAGUGGUGUCUCUGCACGCAGCCGUGAGCACAGCCGAGGCAAGUCGAGGGGCUGCUGCUGGCUUCCUGCUCCAGGUCUUGGCUGCCACCACCACGCUGGCCCCAGGGCUGAGCACACAUGAAGACUGCCUUGCUGGAGCCUGGGUGGCCACCGUCAUCGGCCUUCCCCUUCUGGCCUUCGAUUUCCACUGGGUGAAUGGGGACCGCUCCUCUGCCAACCUGCUCCUGGGAGGAGGCAUGGUGCUGGCAGUGGCUGGCGGCCACCUCGGCCCUGAGGGCCGCUCUGUGGCUGGUCAGGCAAUGCUGUUGGUGGUCGCAGUGACCAUCCUCAUUGUAGCUGUCUUCACGGGCAACACUUAUGGGAUGUGGGGGGGGGCGAUGCUGGGUGUGGCAGGCUUCCUGAGCCGGCUGGAGGAGGACAGGCUGCUGCUGCUACCGAAGGAGGAUGUCUGUCGCUGGGCCCUGGCUGUAGGCAGCUGGGCUUACUGCCGGGCCCUGCAUACACAGCGCCUCCAGUGGGAGUGACAGUUGGAUACAGCCAGGCAGGGUUUCUGCCCUGCCGAACACUUUCCCUCCCACCUGCCUGCUCCUGGCGCCUUCUCCCCUAGGGGUAGACUCUCCUGCCUACUGCAGUGGGCUUGCUGCACAUUGACUGGUCAGGGGCAGAAUCUGGGUGCUGUCCUUUGGCCACGUGUGGGGACUUGUCUAGACCAGAAUGAAAGGGACAGGGUCCCAGACACGUUUGGGGGUCCUGAUUCUGGGCUGGACAUGGUUGUGGAUCCAGAGAAGAGGCCUAGUCUCCAAUAAAUCUUAGGAAUUUGCAGGAA